AAGAUCGAUAAUGCACACUGGAAACGCUGCCAACCCGCGGUGCGAUUGGCAACACUGUCGCAGCAACUUCCGACAGUGAUACCGCGAACGGUGUCUACGUUGUUCGCGGUCACGUAUUCGCGGAGUUAUCUAAGAUGUCUGUCCCCUUCAGUGGAACUCUCACGCGUUCUGCCGGCGUGAUUAGUGCGAUCGUAAAGCAACUAAAACUCCUUAGUCUAAAGCCAGUCAAAAGAAUUGACGUUCGUUUCGACCCGUUCCACGGACGUGUCAAGCACACCAGAGAUUUUCUGUCUUACAUGAGUUCUUCGAAAAUUACCGCAACGAAUCCGGACUGUUUGGUAAAAACCGAGAUUGUGGGCGACCGUUCCGAGCCAACCGUCACGUUCAGUCUCCACUCGGGUGAAAAAGUGGUACUAAAAACAACUAAUUUAACAAGCCUGAAUAUUUUGGAGCUUUACAACAAGCACAUUACUUCCUUACUUCCGCCUGAUCCAGCUGUGCUUGAGGCUAAGCAGGCGCUCUUGGAAAAGAAGAGAAGGCGAAAGCCACCGCCUAAGAUAAAAGAAGGAAGCAAGCGUAGGGGAAUCGAAUUAUAAUUUCGUUGGCUAAUUGGAUUGCUUAUAAUUGUCUUAAACCGGUUGUAACAGACGGAAAUAACUACUUUAAUUCUAAACUGGAAGAGGAAGAUAAGUUAAAAAUGGCGAGCCAGACGGGAAAUAGUAAA